GAGAGUUAUGAAACGUUUUUUCGAAAGGUUAUCAAAAUGCUUGCUUGAAAAGUGAAGUACAUCAGAUAACUUAGAUGAUGAAUUUCAAAAAUUUAUUUUUGCCCAUCAUAUCUGAUUGGUAUAUACUUGUUAAUUAAUAGAUUAAAUCCGCCAUCUUUUCAAAUGUAUUAUAAAGACGUAUUCACUGAUUACUUUUUGAGUAUCUUACAUUAUGAUAUAGUGUUAAUAAGUAAGGAUUUCGUGAGGAGGAUGCAUUUUAUGAAAUUGUUUAAAGUAUAUUAAGAGAUGGCACAGUCAUGCGCCUAUUAACUUUGACGUUAAUUAUAUGGACCGCGGUGGUUGUUAUUUUGUUGUUACUGGGAAUUUACGCGUACAGCUGAUGCUGCACCGGGUUAUAGCAAAAUGCGAUAUACAAAACAAGAAACAAUUGUUGUACAUUUAAUUGUAAUCAUUUAGAAGGAACAUAUACGCACAGUAUACUUAUUUAUUUAUUUGGGUUUUACGGCGCACCAACACAGUAUAGGUUAUAUGGCGCCAAACAGACGCACAGUAUAGCAGGUACAUUAACUGUGUCACAUAAUAAAACUAAGGAACUAUCGCAUGUGGCCGAGAUGAAGGCAUUUACACUUUACCGUCUUGGACGUAUAAAGAAUAAAUGGAUUACAGAUGGGCUUUCGGAAAUAAUGAGUACAUUCAUGUUGGCUUUGUUUGUGUACGCGUCUGGAGCACAAGAUGUGCUGACCCGUGGGGCUGCAAGUUCCCCGACCGGCCGGGCCCUAGCGGCCGGAGUUGGACUUAUGUUAGCCGUUUACUGUGGAUUUAAUGCUUCAGGUGCUUGUGUAAAUCCUUGCAUUGCACUGAUGUUUUGUCUCACUGGUAAGCUGCAGUGGAAGAGGUAUCCAGUCUACGUUAUCUGUGAGUUUACAGGCGCUUUCCUAGCAGCCUGCUUUACAUACGGCAUUUAUUCAGAAUCAAUAAGUAAUUUUGAUGGUGGCACAAGACAAAUGUACGGUGAAAAUGCAACAGCCCAAAUAUUUACGUCAUUUCCGAGAGACAACCUUUCAAAAAGAACAGGAUUUUUUGAUAUUUUUACCGGAUGUGGCCUCCUGACAGGUACAACGUGUAUGUUGAUAGAUCCAAAUAAUGCGAAAACUGCUUCCGGUGUGAUUCCCCUAUCUCUUGUAUUCCUUCUAUACGGAAUCCUCAUGUCAUUUGGAUGGCAAACAGGUGCUCCAAUUAAUCUCACCAUAGAUUUCUCAGGAAGGUUUUUCGCGUACUGUGCUGGCUACGGCUCAGAGGUAUUUAGUCGAGGGGAUUACUGGUUCUGGGUCCCACCUGUAGCCUGUGUUUGUGGUACCCUAGCAUUUGUCUCUACUUACCAGCUUAUGAUUGGAAACCAUUUGCCAAUGGAAGAAGUGAGUCGAGAAAAAAACCGCGAAAGUCUUGACGGGUACUCUAACGAGAUUAUGAAGAAUCAUUUUACUUCUCAAGAUUCAGUUAACACUGAUGUUGCAAAUGUGAUGGAGAGUACAAAAAUCUAGCAAUUUAUUUUCUCAUUGGUAACAGAAAAUAUCAACAUUGAACGACUGUGACAAUGAUUCGUUUUAUAUUAGGUACCACAAUAUGACACUUUGAUCGCCAAGUUGUGUCUACGUACUUGACGUCAUAAAGAAUUACUCAGACAUGUCCUUCUUAACAGUGGCAAUGUCAAGCAUCAUAUAAAAGUAUGACAAUAGUGUGUGUCUCUGUGAUAAAAAGGUACGUCAUUUUGGUCAACCAUAUGCGGUUUGAUAUGAUGUCAAACAAAAGUCCGUAUACAACCGAUAUUGUUUAUGUCUGGCUCUGUCCAGGUUUUCUGUGUUGCGUGUUGCAUAGUAGUUACUUCUGCAUUUACAAUACUUGUGGUGAUACCUGAACAUAUGUGUAAGCAUACGUCGUAAAAUAGUUCUUUCUAUUUGGUAAUGUUUUGUAGUGAGACACAGACAUGAAUAAACCGCUUGUAGGAACAGUAAAAUUAAGAGUUAUUCAUUUAAUGUCCAUUUAUAACAAUGUUCAGUUCUGCCAUAUAACAUGACAUUGUAUGGUAUUCAGGAAUUAUGAUAUUGUUUAGAUUGUUUUAUAUGCGUACGUUUUAUAGUUGUUACCAUCCACUAAUUGUCUGUACGUGUGUAUUUAUUUAAUUAAUGCAAGAGUCUCGCUAGUAAAUUGCAGUCUAAUUAAAGCAUUAGACUUUUUGUUCAGAUAGUUUCUAAUAAAAUCACAGAGUAGAAUAUUAUCUAAGAGAACUUAAGUGUUGCUUAAAUGUUGUUUUUUUUAUUGUUAGAUUUAACGUCGCACCGACACAUGAUAGGUCAUAUGGCGACUUUCCAGCUUUAAUGGUGGAGGAAGACCCCAGGUGCCCCUCCGUGCAUUAUUUCAUUACGAGCGGGCACCUGGGUAGAACCAUCGACCUUCCGUAAGCCAGCUGGAUGGCUUCCGCACUGCUUAAAUAUUUGAAAGGAUAAUAAAUUACACAGUGUCAAAAUAUGUUAUCAGUUUACGAAAGCAGAUAAAGCAUUUAUCCCGAACUAAAUGAGAAAUCUAAAUCAAAAUAGGUAUUUAAAAUCCACACUUAUUAAAGUCAUAAAUGAUAGUCUUUAUUUUGACAUUCUGGCUUUAAGUAGGUCAUGUUGUGUGAUAUAAUUUAGAAAUAGUAACUCGUAAGCUUAUAAUAUUUUAGUUUUAUAUUUUAAUUUUGAAAAUUAUGCUCUAGUUUUGCAGCUUAUAGUCGUACAAUUGCAAUAUAUGCGUACAGUAUAUCAAAUAUAAGUUGAGAUCAAAUA